AUGGCAGAUGGACCGAGACAUAACCCUAGACACAGACCCAGACAUACCCCUAGACACAGACCCAGACAUAACCCUCGUCACGGACUGAGACAUAACCCUAGUCACGGACCCAGACAUAACCCUAGUCACGGACCCAGACAUAACCCAAGACACGGACCCAGACAUAACCGUAGACACGGACCCAGACAUACCCCUAGACACGGACCCAGAUAUAACCCUAGUCACGGACCCAGAUGUAACCCUAGACUCGGACCCAGACAUAACCCUAGACACGGACCCAGAUGUAACCCUAGACACGGACCCAGACAUAACCCUAGACAUGGACCCAGACAUACCCCUAGUCACGGACCCAGACAUAACCCUAGACACAGACCAAGACAUAACCCUAGACACGGACCCAGACAUAACCCUAGACACAGACCAAGACAUAACCCUAGACAGGGACCCAGACAUAACCCUAGACACAGACCCAGACAUACCCCUAGACACAGACCCAGACAUAACCCUCGUCACGGACUGAGAAUAACCCUAGUCACGGGCCCAGACAUAACCCUAGUCACGGACCCAGACAUAACCCUAGACACAGACCAAGACAUAAUCCUAGACACGGACCCAGACAUAACCCUAGACACAGACCAAGACAUACCCCUAGACAGGGACCCAGACAUAACCCUAGUCACGGACCCAGACAUAACCCUAGACACAGACCAAGACAUAACCCUAGACACGGACCCAGACAUAACCCUAGACACCGACCCAGACAUAACCCUAGACACAGACCCAGACAUACCCCUAGACACGGACCCAGACAUAACCCUAGACACGGACCCAGACAUAACCCUAGACACAGACUCAGACAUAAUCCUAGACACCGACCAAGACAUAACCCUAGACAGGGACCCAGACAUAACCCUAGUCACAGACCCAGACAUAACCCUAGACACAGACCCAGACAUAACCCUAGACACGUACCCAGACAUAACCCAAGACACGGACCCAGACAUAACCCUAGACACGGACCCAGACAUAACCCUAGACACAGACCCAAACAUACCCCUAGACACGGACCCAGACAUAACCCUAGUCAAGGACCCAGACAUAACCCAAGACACAGACCAAGACAUAACCCUAGACACGGACCCAGACAUACCCCUAGACACGGACCCAGACAUACCCCUAGACACGGACCCAGACAUAACCCUAGACAUGGACCCAGACAUACCCCUAGACACGGACCCAGACAUAACCCUAGACACGGACUCAGACAUAACCCUAGACACGGACCCAGACAUAACCCUAGACAUGGACCCAGACAUACCCCUAGACACGAACCCAGACAUAAACCUAGACACAGACACAGACAUAACCCUAGACAGGGACCCAGACAUAACCCUAGACACGGACCCAGACAUAACCCUAGACACAGACCCAGACAUAAACCUAGACACGGACCCAGACAUAACCCCAGACAAGGACCCAGACAUAACCCUAGACACGGACCCAGACAUAAACCUAGACACGGACCCAGACAUAACCCUAGACACGGACACAGACAUACCCCUAGACACGUACCCAGACAUAACCCUAGACACGGACACAGACAUAACCCUAGACACGGACCCAGACAUACCCCUAGACACGGACCCAGACAUACCCCUAGACACGGACCCAGACAUACCCCUAGUCACGGACUGA